AUGCCGAGGACUUACAGCAUAUUAGGAAGCGGGGAGAGGGGUUUGUUACAUUUCUUCCAGGAAGGUUACUGGGAGUGUUCUGCCAGCUUGGGUUCCCUCAUCGGUGUGGAUUUGGAUUACUUUGCAAACGUCUUCUUGAAGGAGAAAGGCAUCGAAUCUCUAGGGGUGAGGGCCCAUGCUGACAUCCUCAGGCUCGUGGCCAGCCUGCUGGUACUGCAGCUGAUGAGGGUGAGGGGGCACGAGGUGGGGAAGCUGCUCCUAAGCCUGUUCCGUGUGGACCUGGAUCACUCACCACCUCAGCCCAGGAAUGACCACUGGGAGGCAGUAAAGAGGGCUGUGGACUGGGUGAGUUGGGCAGACAGGGAGUAUCCGUGUGUGUGCAGCAGGCUGGAAUUUGGCUUGGAUUGGGAGUCGUCCACACGCCAGCUGCUGGGCAUCGACCCCCCCAGAUUCCCUCAUAUCCUGGGGUGUGACAGCCCAAUGAUAACCUCAAUGUCAUGAUAACCAAUGUCAGACUUUUAGAAAGGGGUGC